GCCCCAACCCGAGGCUGACCAGAGGGAGCAGUCGGUCAGACCACACAGGCCUGCGCUCUCCUGGAUCUUCCAGCCAUGAGGCUCCUCUGGGGGCUAGCCUGGGUGGUCAGCUUCUUUGCCUCAUCUUUGCAGAAGCCCAGGUUGCUCCUGUUCUCCCCUUCUGUGGUUAAUUUGGGGACCCCCCUGUCAGUGGGGGUGCAGCUCCUGGAUGCCCCUGCAGGACAGGAGAUAAAAGGCUCAGUGUUCCUCAGAAACCCGACGGGUGGGCCCUGCUCCCCAAAGAAGGACUUUAAGCUCAGCUCUGGAAACGACUUUGUGCUUCUCAGCCUUGAGGUCCCACUGAAGGACGUAAGGAGGUGUGGCCUCUUUGGCCUUCUCAGAGCCCCCCACAUCCAGCUGGUGGCUCAGUCUCCGUGGUUGAAGAACACAGCUUCCAAAGCCACAGAGACUCAGGGUGUCAACCUGCUCUUCUCUUCCCGACGAGGCCAUAUCUUUGUGCAGACCGAUCAGCCCAUCUAUAACCCUGGGCAGCGGGUUCGUUAUCGGGUCUUUGCAUUGGAUCAAAAGAUGCGCCCAUCCGCUGACACCCUCACAGUCACAGUGGAGAACUCCCAUGGCCUCCGUGUUCGCAAGAAGGAGGUAUUUGCCCCCACAUCCAUCUUCCAAGAUGACUUCGUCAUUCCAGACAUCUCAGAGCCGGGAACCUGGAAGAUCUCAGCUAGGUUCUCGGAUGGCCUGGAGUCCAAUAGGAGCACCCACUUUGAAGUGAAGAAAUACGUCCUUCCCAACUUCGAGGUGAAGAUUACUCCUUGGAAGCCAUAUAUCCUGACAGUGCCCAGCGACCGUGAUGAAAUCCAAUUAGACAUCCAGGCCAGGUACAUCUAUGGGAAGCCCGUGCAGGGCGUGGCAUACACACGGUUCGCACUCAUGGAUGAGCACGGGAAGAGGACUUUCCUUCGGGGCCUAGAGACCCAGACCAAGUUGGUGGAAGGCCAGACUCACAUUUCCAUCUCAAAGGACCAGUUCCAGGCUGCCCUGGAUAAAAUCAACAUUGGGGUCGGAGACCUGGAAGGGCUGCGUCUGUACGCUGCCGCAGCCAUCAUCGAGUCCCCAGGAGGAGAGAUGGAGGAGGCGGAGCUCACAUCCUGGCGCUUCGUGUCUUCGGCCUUCUCCUUGGAUCUCAGCCGCACCAAGCAGCAUCUUGUGCCCGGGGCCCCCUUCCUGCUGCAGGCUCUGGUCCGAGAAAUGUCAGGCUCUGAAGCCUCUGACGUUCCUGUCAAAGUCUCUGCCACAUUGGUGUCUGGCUCUGACUCGAAAGUCCUCGACGUUGAACAGAACACCAAUGGGAUCGGCCAAGUCAGCAUUUCCAUCCACGUCCCGCCCACCAUCACAGAACUCAGGCUCUUGGUGUCUGCGGGCUCCCUCUACCCAGCCGUAGCCAGGCUCACUGUGCAGGCCCCGCUUUCAAGAGGCGCUGGCUUUCUGUCCAUUGAGCCACUAGACCCCCGGUCCCCUCGUGUCGGGGACACCUUCAUCCUGAACCUUCGAACUGUGGGCAUCCAUGAGCCUGCCUUCUCUCAUUACUACUACAUGAUUGUCUCCAGAGGCCAGAUCAUGGCUGUGAGUCGGGAGCCCAGGAGGACGCUGACAUCCGUGUCCGUGUUGGUGGACCAUUCCAUGGCUCCCGCUUUCUACGUCGUGGCUUACUUCUAUCACCAAGGCCUCCCAGUGGCGAACUCCCUACUCAUCAAUGUCCAGCCCGGGGACUGUGAGGGCAAGCUGGAACUGAAGGUGGAUGGAGCCAAGGAGUAUCGUAACGGGGAGAGCAUGAAGCUCCAGCUUCAGACGGACUCUGAAGCCCUGGUGGCCCUGGGAGCUGUGGACACGGCUCUGUAUGCCGUGGGUGGCCGGUCUCACAAACCCCUCGACAUGAGCAAGGUCUCUGAAGUAAUAAACAGCUACAACCUUGGCUGUGGUCCUGGAGGCGGAGAUGAUGCCCUUCAGGUGUUCCAGGCUGCUGGGCUGGCCUUUUCUGAUGGUGACCGACUAACUCAAACCAGAGAGGACCUGAGCUGUCCCAAGGAGAAGAAAAGUCGGCAAAAGAGAAACGUUAACUUCCAGAAGGCUAUCAGUGAGAAGUUGGGCCAGUAUUCUUCUCCAGACACCAGGCGCUGCUGUCAAGAUGGGAUCACGAAGCUGCCCAUGGCGCGUACCUGUGAGCAGCGGGCAGCCCGCGUGCCUCAGCUGGCCUGCCGGGAGCCCUUCCUGUCCUGUUGCAAGUUCGCGGAGGACCUCCGUAGGAACCAGACCAGGAGCCAGGCGGGCCUUGCCCGAGCCCAGGAGGUGCUGCAGGAGGAGGACCUGAUAGAUGAAGACGACGUUCUCGUGCGCAGCUUCUUCCCAGAGAACUGGCUCUGGAGAGUGGAACCCGUGGACCGCUCCAAGCUGUUGACAGUGUGGCUCCCUGACUCUCUGACCACAUGGGAGAUUCAUGGUGUGAGCCUGUCCAGAAGCAAAGGCCUGUGUGUGGCCAAGCCCACUCGUGUCCGCGUGUUCCGAGCAUUCCACCUGCACCUGCGCCUGCCCGUCUCCGUCCGCCGCUUUGAGCAGCUUGAGUUACGGCCUGUUCUCUAUAACUAUCUGACCGAGGACGUGACUGUGAGUGUCCAUGUGUCCCCAGUGGAGGGACUGUGUCUGGCUGGUGGUGGGAUGCUGGCCCAGCAGGUGUCGGUGCCUGCGGGCUCUGCCCGGCCUGUGGCCUUCUCCGUGGUACCCACAGCUGCUGCCAGCGUGUCCCUGAAAGUGGUGGCUCGAGGGUCUUUUGAUCUAGGGGAUGCUGUGUCUAAGAUUCUCCAAAUUGAGAAGGAAGGGGCCAUCCACAGAGAAGAGAUGGUCUACAACCUCGACCCCCUAAAUAACCGAGGUCGGAGUCUGGAAAUACCUGGCAGCUCCGAUCCCAACAUCAUCCCUGAUGGAGACUUCAGCAGCUUCGUCAGGGUCACAGCCUCUGAACCCUUGGAGACUUUGGGCUCUGAAGGCGCCUUGUCCCCAGGAGGCGUGGCCUCCCUCCUGAGGCUUCCCCGGGGCUGCGCAGAACAAACCAUGGUCUAUUUGGCCCCUACCUUGACUGCUUCCCACUACCUGGACAGGACAGAGCAGUGGAGCAGACUGCCCCCCGAGACAAAGGACCAUGCUGAGGAUCUGAUCCAGAAAGGCCACAUGCGGAUCCAACAGUUUCGGAAGAAAGAUGGCUCCUUUGGGGCGUGGUUACACAGGGACAGCAGCACCUGGCUCACUGCAUUUGUGCUGAAGAUUCUGAGUUUGGCCCAGGAUCAGGUGGGCGACUCCCCUGAGAAGCUGCAGGAGACGGCAGGCUGGCUGCUGGGCCAGCAGCUAGGUGACGGCUCCUUCCACGACCCGUGUCCGGUCAUCCACAGAGGCAUGCAGGGGGGCUUGGUGGGAGCCGACGAGACGGUGGCACUCACCGCCUUCGUGGUCAUUGCCCUUCACCACGGGCUGGCCGUCUUCCAGGACGAGAAUGCGCAGCAGCUGAAGAACAGAGUGGAAGCCUCCAUCGCCAAGGCACACUCGUUCUUGGGGCAGAAGGCGAGUGCUGGGCUCCUGGGUGCCCACGCAGCCGCCAUCACAGCCUAUGCCCUGACGCUGACCAAGGCCUCGGAGGACCUGCGGAAUGUUGCCCACAACAGCCUGAUGGCCAUGGCCGAGGAAACAGGGGAAAACCUCUACUGGGGCUUAGCCAUCGGCUCCCAGGACAACGUUGUGUCGCCCACCCCAGCCCCCCGUGGCCCAUCAGACCCUGUGCCCCAGGCCCCAGCCCUGUGGAUCGAAACCACGGCCUACGGCCUGCUCCACCUGCUGCUGCGGGAGGGAAAGGGAGAAAUGGCCGACAAGGCCGCAUCCUGGCUCACCCACCAGGGAAGCUUCCAAGGGGGAUUCCGCAGUACCCAGGACACCGUGGUCACCCUGGACGCCCUGUCUGCAUACUGGAUCGCUUCACACACCACCGAGGAGAAGGCACUCAACGUGACUCUCAGCUCCACGGGCCGCAACGGGUUCAAGUCCCACGUGCUCCACCUGAACAACCAUCAAGUCAAGGGUCUGGAGGAGGAGCUGAAGUUCUCUCUGGGCAGCACAAUCAGUGUGAAGGUGGGAGGAAACAGCAAAGGCACCUUGAAGAUCCUUCGUACCUACAACGUCCUGAACAUGAAGAACACGACCUGCCAGGACCUUCAGAUAGAAGUGACGGUCACAGGCUAUGUGGAAUACACAAGGGAAGCCUACGAAGACUACGAAGACGAAGACUAUGACAUGGCAGCCGCCGAUGACCCCAGCGUCCACUCACGGCCCGUGACGCCCCUGCAGCUGUUUGAGGGUCGUCGGAGCCGCCGCAGGAGGGAGGCCCCCAAGGUGGCAGAAGAGCAGGAGUCCAGAGUGCAGUACUCCGUGUGUAUCUGGCGGAAUGGCAAGCUGGGGCUGUCUGGCAUGGCCAUCGCAGACAUCACCCUCCUGAGUGGAUUCCAUGCCCUGAGGGCCGACCUGGAGAAGCUGACCUCCCUCUCUGACCGUUAUGUGAGUCACUUUGAGACCGACGGGCCCCACGUCCUGCUGUACUUCGACUCGGUCCCGACCACCCGGGAGUGUGUGGGCUUUGGAGCCUUGCAGGAGGUGGCCGUGGGGCUGGUGCAGCCGGCCACCGCUGUCCUGUAUGACUACUACAGCCCCGAUCACAAGUGUUCCGUGUUUUAUGCUGCGCCCACCAAGAGCAAGCUCCUGUCCACCUUGUGCUCGGCAGAUGUCUGCCAGUGCGCAGAGGGGAAGUGUCCUCGACAGCGACGGUCACUGGAGCGAGGGGUGGAGGACAAGGAUGGCUACCGCAUGAAGUUCGCCUGCUAUUAUCCCCGCGUGGAGUACGGCUUCCAGGUCAAGGUUCUUCGAGAAGAUGGCAGAGCUGCCUUCCGCCUCUUUGAGACCAAGAUCACCCAAGUCCUGCAUUUCACAAAGGAUGCCAAGGCCUCCACAGGUCAGACCCGCAACUUCCUGGUCCGGUCCUCUUGCCGCCUUCGUCUGGAGCCUAACAAAGAGUACCUGAUCAUGGGGAUGGACGGGGUCACCACUGACCUCAAGGGAGACCCCCAGUACUUGUUGGACUCAAAUAGCUGGAUCGAGGAGAUGCCUUCUGAGCGCCUGUGCAGGAGCACCCGCCAGCGGGCAGCCUGUGCCCAGCUCAAGGACUUCCUGCAGGAAUACGGCAGCCAGGGGUGCCAGGUGUGAGGGCGGAGGACUCUGGCUCCCUGAGCUUGCCCAGGCUCAGGCCUCUCUGGAUGAGGGGCUCUGCUUAACCGAGUGAAUAAAAUAAAAGCUUUGGACAUCAA